UCGCAGACGGAUUCGGUAGACUCUAUCCAAUCUGCCGCUCCGGCCGAUCCAGUUCUGCCGCCCUUACAAAACCCCAUUCCUGACAAGAGCGACUUGCACAACUUUGAGCUGAAUAAUGUGGAUGACCCUAACUCCUGGGAUGUGCUCAAGCCCAGACCGAGUGCGGAGGACCAGGCUACCCAGGUCUAUUCGCUAGAAAGACGUGCCGAGCAAUUGUACAGCGCCGAACAUCUCCGCUUGAUAUUCGAGGAUCCCAAGCUUCUCACCAAAUUCUCUGCGUUCUUGCGCAAGUAUCGACCGUGGAGAGUGCCCAUUUUGCAGUACUACUGGAAUGCAACCAAAGCGAUCCGAGCGAUCGAAUACGCAAAUGCAAUCGUUGAAUCUUUAUCGGAAAAAGCGGCGCCGCAUACCAGUACUGCUCAUCCACCUGGAUCAACACCCCACUCUAAGCUGUACGCUGCCGCCAAGGAAGCUUUUGACGAAUUGCUCAGGGAUGAUCUGCACUAUUUCAUUGCUCAAGCAUACAUUCAGAUUGUCAGCGUUGUUAUUCGCAGUCGCAUCACGGGGACAUUGGCUGCACAUCUGCAGGAGGCAUCCAAUGGGCUGGCCGAGAUCUUCUGCAUUACUGACCCAAGCCGGCCCGAUAAUCCCAUCAUAUUGAUUUCGGAGCAGUUCACUCGCCUGUCAGGAUACAACUCGCAAUACAUUCUUGGUCGCAAUUGCCGAUUCCUCCAAGGGCCUGGGACGACAAUCGACUCCAGACGAAGAAUUGCCAUUUCAUGUCAGGAGGCCAAGGACCAUACGGAGAUCCUGGUCAACUAUCGGCGGGAUGGAAGCCCAUUCUUGUGUCUUGUGAUGAUUGCGCCCUUGCUUGAUAGUCGCGGCAAUGUGCGCUACUUCCUGGGUGCUCAAGUCGACAUCUCGGGGCUGUUGAAAAAUUGCAGCGGCGUCGAAAGUCUAGCCCAGCUGGUAGAGCAACAGUCGCAGAAGCAUGCCAACUCGGCACAUGAUGAUGUCCGAAAGAAAGCGGACCCUCUACAAAACGUCAAAUCACUGAGUGAAAUGUUCAACGCCGCUGAGCUCGACAUUGUUCGCAAGCAUGGCGGUGCGCUUUCCAAGGUGCUCAUCAGUACGAGCUCCGACGAGUCAGACGACGAGAUCGAGAGCGGCAGUUCGAUGAACGAUCCAGCUGCCGGAUUGAUGCUCAAAGACGGCACAGCAGGCUUUCUGAGUGGCAUCUAUAAACAUUAUCUUCUCCUGCGUCCAGCGCCACCGCUUCGGAUCCUGUUCGCUUCCCCAACGUUGCGUGUGCCGGGCAUAUUGCAGUCGCCGUUUCUCAAUCGCAUCGGCGGCUCAACACGGAUGCGAGCAGACUUGCAGAACGCAUUUCAAGACGGCAAGGCUGUUACGGCUCGGGUGAAAUGGCUCGCAGUACCCAACGCUAACGGCGAAGGGGUCGGCACGACUCGAUGGGUACAUUGCACUCCGCUCAGCCAUGUCAGCGGUGGCAUCGGGUUGUGGAUGGUUGUGCUCGUGCGGCCGGAU